AUGGUAGAAGAUGACGACGAUGAUGAACUGAGGAUUGUGCUGGUUGGAAAAACAGGAGUUGGAAAAAGCUCAUCUGGAAAUACAAUCCUUGGGGAAGCGGUGUUUAAGGCUGAGAUCAGCCCCUCCACGGUAACACAGAAGUGUAGAAGAGAAAGCCGAAACAUUGAUAACAGAUAUGUUGCUGUAGUUGACACUCCAGUAUUGUUUGAUACAGAGCUUCCUCGAAGUAAAAUAAUGGAGGAGAUUGUGAGAGGCAUUUCUAUGAUGGCCCCCGGGCCCCAUGUGUUUCUAGUUGUGAUGCAGCUGGGGAGAUUCACACAAGAGGAGAGUGAAACAGUGGAGCUCAUUAAAGAACUGUUUGAUGAAGAAGCAUACCACUACACAAUGGUGCUUUUCACUCGGGGAGAUGAAUUAAAAAGAAGUGAUGAAAAGGAGAAAACGUUACAACAGUUUUUAAGUGGAAACUCUUCUGGAUCUGACAAACUUGCCAAGGUCCUUGACAACUUCGGGAAUAAUUUUUUUGCCUUUAACAACAAAAAUACAAAUGACCGCACUCAGGUCACAGAACUGCUGAAGAAGAUUGACACAGAGAUUGUUAAGAAGAAUAAGGGAGGCUACUACACCAAUGACAUGUUACAAGAGGCAGAGAGAGCCAUCAAGAAGAUGAUGGAGAAGAUUCUGAGGAAGAAAAAAGGUGAGAUACAGAAGAAGGUGGAGAAACUGAAAAAGCAGUAUGAAGGAGAGGAACUGCAGCGAGAGAUAAAUGACUUCAUGAGACAGUUGAGAAGAAGGGUUAGAGAAGAAGCCCAGAGAGAUAAUGAGUUUAUCAGAACUGUCCUGAUCUCACUUGGAAUAAUAUUUGCGGCUGUGGCAGCUGGAGCAGCAACAGCUACCUCGUUCACAACGCCCCCCAGCAUUGGCGGUAUCGCCCUCGUUGAGAAACUCUACGCUAAGGGAAACCGUUCUGCAGCCGGUCCACCCUCUUCCACCUCGUGCCGGGGACUCACGCACACAGAGUAUCCACGCACGCCAAAAGAAAAAAAGAAAUUAACCGAACGAAACCAAACUCCAAAAUCCGCCCCGGGUCGCGACUCCCGGGGUUAA